AAUGCAGUGACGUUGCACAGGGCGACGCGGCGGCCAAAGUAAAGAUGGCGGACGUGUCGGGCACAGAGCUGUCAGAGGAGAAAGAAGCAGAAAAUGAGCUAAAGAAAAGACAGAAACGACCGUGGGAUGAUUUGCACAAGUCCGGUAAAAUCGGUAUAACUCCAGACCUGCCGGAAACUUUGGGAUUUUACGAUAUCAGCGCUGCCAGGAGGGAGCAGCGCGAGCACCCCGAAGAUCCGUCGUUGACUCGCUUCAUUAGCGCAGAGCUCACCAGAGGCUACUUCCUGGAACACAAUGAGGCAAAGUACACCGAGCGCAGAGAGAGAGUUUACACAUGCAUGCGCAUUCCCAAGGAGCUGGAGAAGCUGAUGACAUUUGGCUUCUUCCUGUGUGUGGACGCCUUCCUCUACGUCUUCACCCUGCUGCCCCUCAGGGUGCUGCUGGCCGUACUCCGCCUCCUCACACUGCCAUGCUGUGGCUUCAGGGCACGCACAUGCCCCUACUGCAGAAGAAGCAGUGGGUCUCGGCUGCUGCAGCCAGCGCAGGUGUGUGACGUGCUGAAGGGUCUGAUCAUGGUGCUGUGCUUCUCCAUGAUGCAUUACGUUGAUUACUCCAUGAUGUACCACCUGAUCAGAGGACAGUCCGUCAUCAAACUCUACAUCAUCUACAACAUGUUGGAGGUGGCUGACCGCCUCUUCUCCUCUUUCGGUCAAGACAUCCUGGACGCUCUCUACUGGACGGCCACAGAACCCAAAGAACGGAAAAGAGACAAUAUAGGAGUCAUUCCUCACUUCUUAAUGGCCGUCUUUUAUGUCUUCCUCCAUGCCAUCCUCAUCAUGGUCCAAGCCUCCACGCUCAACGUCGCCUUCAACUCUCACAACAAGUCCCUGCUCACCAUCAUGAUGUCCAACAACUUUGUGGAGAUCAAAGGAAGCGUGUUCAAGAAAUUUGAGAAGAACAACUUAUUCCAAAUGUCCAACAGCGAUAUAAAGGAACGGUUCACCAGCUACGUUCUCCUGCUCAUUGUUUGUCUCAGGAACAUGGAGCAGUUCUCAUGGAACCCAGACCACCUGUGGGUGUUGUUCCCUGACGUCUUCAUGGUCGUCACCUCUGAAGUUGCAGUGGACAUCAUUAAACAUGCUUUCAUUACCAAAUUCAACGACAUCACUGCAGAUGUGUACAGUGAAUACAGAGCCAGUUUGGCCUUCGAUCUCGUCAGCAGUCGACAGAAGAAUGCUUGUACAGACUACAGUGACUCAGUGGCCCGGAGGAUGGGCUUCAUCCCUCUGCCGCUGGCUGUUCUGCUGAUCCGAGUGGUAAUGAGUUCGGUGAAGGUGCAGGGAGCUCUUUCAUACACGUGUGUCUUCCUCUGUUAUCUCGGGCUGGUUACAUUUAAAGUGUUGAACAGUAUCGUGCUGCUGGGGAAGUCAUGCGUUUACGUCAAGAGGGCCAACAUGGAGGACAAACUGUUCGAGAAGCCCUCCACCGCUCCAUCCUCCUCUGGGAAAACCCCCAGCAGAGCUGAGCCGGCCAGCUGUCCCACAGCUUCAGGUGAAUCCAAAACGGAGCAGGACCCCGUCACACUCUGCAGCCCACCACCAUCUUCCUCCUCCUCCGUGACCUCCCAGCCGACUCCCAGGACUGACUUGUUUCCUCCCACGCCGUCUGAUCCCUCUCCUGCUUCUCCAGCUAGCCGUCCCCCAACUCCAACACCCGAACCCGAACCACCUGCACCUUCACUCCCCAAAGAGGAGAGCGAGGCACAAGGAGCAUCUGAACUGAAGCACAGGACUCCCAAAAAAGACCUUCUAGAGAUCGACCGCUUCACAAUCUGUGGUAACCGCAUCGACUGACAGCUGAUGCAGCGAUUAACCACUCAGGAAAGACGGAGAGCAGACGGGCCCGUCAGCCCGGCUCUCCUGGCCAACAGCAGCAGAAAGCUGAUUAUUUAUUUAAGUCAGUGGCAAUACAGUAAGUUAUUGUGAACAAAGACGAGCCUGCAGUUGUUGAAGCCCGAAGUCGAGAAGUUUGACAAAGAAAACUUCGGCAGAGAGAAUGUGACUGGCAGCUCAGUCGUCAGGAUUAACUGUGUGAGUGUGAGGAUGGUUCCGUGUUUGGAGUGAGUGAGUGUGUGUGAGAUGUGUGUGUGUGUGUGUGUGAGAUGUGUGUGUGUGUGUGAGAGCACACUUCCAGUCUGAGCAGCACUGGGACCAGAAAAGAGAGAAACUUCUCAGUUUGCUCAGCAGCCAGAAAACAAACUUUGACAUUAAAAGGUAACACCUGAAUCAUUCUUCACUGCUUCAACAAGUGUCUCUUUUGUCACCUGAUUAAAAAGGUAUUAGAGUUUUUGUAAAAUAUCGGGUGUCAUUCAACAAACAACACAAUUUGUUAAGUGGAAAUAGGUUCCUUCACUAAUGGAUUUGGAGCCAGUGGUUCCUGCACAAGGUGUCAACAUAAAUGCGGCGGGUCACAGGGUGAUUAACAAACUAAAAAACAUCGAUUCUUCACAAAAUUAUGUUUAUUCAGACGUUUCUCAUGAAUUACUGCAAAGUUCACCUAUUUGGGACUCUAAAACUAAAAAUAAUUUAGUUAUUUUAUGAAACUGGUCACUAACUGGUGACGAGGGGUCGCAAGACAAACGGGUUGGGAAACGCAUCUCUAGGCAGUCACACAUUAUAUAUAAAUAUAUAUCCAUGAUGCUCGCUCCAUUAACUGCUCACAUUAAAAGCCUCUACCGUCGUCCCGCUAACAUAUCGAGCAUUUUGAAGUGAAUCAACGUUUUACUGUCCAACAUGUUUUGAUGGAGUUAUAAACGGGAAUAAGAACGGUGACUUUUAAUUGGAGCUUUAAGAAGCCUUUCGUUUACACGGCCUACAGAUAAAGUCAUCUGCAGCACAAACGGCGCCUUCAGCAUCUAAAAGACCUUCAUUAAAGGAAGCAGUCAGCGCGACAUUAACAGAAUGCUGCUGGUCAAAUGAAAGAGUGCCGACACUAAAUCUGCAGCUUCUCCCAGCCAGACGUGUUCCGGAGGUCCAUUUCAUAAUACGAACAAAGAAAACGUGUAGUUGUGUAAUAAAACGGUAUCUAAUUUUCUUUUAGUCUAAAGAAUGUUUGCACUGAUGGACCGUAUUGUCUUAAAUACGACGGGUCAUGUUUCUUAUUUGACUCAAGUAAAGUUCUAAUGUUUACAUCUCAGAAAAUGGAAGCAAUAUUUCCAAAACUAAAUGCCUUUUUUGCAUGUGUGUUUUACAUUUUGUUGACUGUAAAAUUUGUUUCUUUACUUUUAUUGCAAUAAAAAAAUCUAUAAAUAGAACAUGCAAUAGACCAGUUACAUCAUCCAGCUUUCAUUUGUGCAAAAUAUAUUAUUCUUAACAUUACACAAGUUUUACAACUCAACACAUAACGUUUCAGCAGCAGCCAAAUAUUUCAUGACUUGUUAUCCGAUCCAAAUAUAGAAUAAUAGCGCGUUAUAUUUGGUGCUGUGCCGUCUUUAAAGGUUACACUUUGCAGAGUUAUUCUACAUCAUAACUUUUGUGCAGUAGUUUUAGCAGAAUUAUACAGACAAAUACGUUACUUGUACAAGAUAUAAUUACUGGGCUUCAAAUUAAACUAAAUGCUGGUGAAUUUUAAAAUAAUCCGAGUUAAUGAGUCUAGUUUGUUAUCCUGUUAAUUAAACAAUAACAUAUGACACUAAUAGAUUUCAAGUUGCUUUGGAAGAAGCUGUCAUGGUGUAAAGUGCAGAGAUAUAUAAUGUAAACACAUUUACAGUUUGAUUCUGUUAUAAUGUUCAUUAUUACCAUUGUAAUAAGGAAGAUUGUUGUAUUUGUGCAGCUGCCAGUUGUGAUAUGAGAAUAUUUUAUGAGCAUGAAAUCUGACUCAGUCCUUCAUGUGGUUUUUGUGAAAUGUCGUCUCCACUGGCCUGAGCUCAGUCUCAUUGUGGACCCGACCGGACCCAGCUGGGCUCAACAGAGCUAAAGGAGACGAGGCGAAAGUGCGACACUGCCUGCUUUGUUUCUUCAGUUUGCUUCCUUAUUUAAUUCCUACCUCGAUAUUGUAUAAAAAUGCCCCCUUUUGGAUUAAUAAAAGUUGGUUUCUUAA